CAAAGUCGAAGCACAUGUGUCAGCAACAACAUGGGCGGUGUGGCCAGGCCCAAAGUCAAAGCACAUGUGUCAGCAACAACAUGGGCGGUGGGCGCCAUUCGGCGAAAAUAGCAAAAUGGAAUAUGUUUGUAUUCUUAAUACGACAUGCCAAACAUUGUCGAGCUGUUUAAAUCCUGUGCUCUUCCCAACGGCUAUAUUUUCCGCAUUCUCAUUAUUGAAAUCAUUUAGCUUCCCAACGGUCCAUUUUCCACGCUAAUAAGACACAAACCCAGCGUACUAAUCUUACCCGUAUAUUUUGCCUUUCAGCUUUCACUAUCAACCUCACACUGACAUUUCUCUCUCUUUCUACAAUGGACUCUGCUAGCGCUGCCAACGUUCAACAUGUGAACAAGAAGUCCUCAGAUGAGUUGCUCAGAAAGUUUGCCGAACUGGGUUCGGAUUCCGGCGACGAGGCACCGGUGAGGAAGGACUUGUUAAGGGUGUCGAAGCGCCAGAAAAUUAGGAGCAGGGUAGUAAGAGACGGUGAUCAAUAUGAGAGCCCAUCGAAUGGUAGUAGUACCAGGUUGUUGGAGAGGCGGUCGCUUCUUCCUCUGACGGCGACAAGGAGGUCUGCAUUGCUUCGGCAACUUGGCAUUGGGAGGUCACAGUUCAGGGACAAGUCCCUCUUAGGAGCCCUUGAGAAGACAUGGCGUAAAACUGUAGAAGGGGCUUCAAAAGUUUUUAUUGAGAAGCAUUACCACCGGCAUAAGCGUUUGAUAAAUGACAUUGUCUAGAUUGAGCUGUCUCCACUACUUCAGAUUUUGAAGCUUUUUGCUAAUUAAUUACCCUUUGUAAAUUGGCAUUAAAUUUACUUAUAAUAUAUAUAUAAGUAUUUAUUUUCAUCUAUAGCGAAUAAAUUAUGAUGUUUACCCAGAAAAUAAUAAGUUA